AUGCCCUUUGCUCCUAGUAGCGUUCCCGGGCUCAUUUUUCUCAACAGAAUCGAAACGAAAGAGGAGGGUGAAGGGGAGAGCUUCGUACGAUUGCGCAAGCGACGGCAGUGGAUGGCGAAUUUGGCGAGGGUGAACAGUGCUUUAGGGAGGUUGGAGACCAUCGCUCUUAGGUUGGAGCCAUUGCUAUCAGGUUGGGGCAAAGGGCAAAGGGUUGUCCGGCUGAAAUUUGUGGCAGAAUUUGACCGUGAAAUCUGUUUGGUGCCCUAUUUGAUGGAUACUUCCGAUGGGAUUCCGUUUUGA